AUGCUCACCAUCGUCCCCGUCCCGGACCAGAUCCUCGAGUCUCCGCAGUUCUCGACGUGCACCGAGCUCCCGAUCCUGCACCAAAUGCAUGGCGGUCUACCCCUGCCGCUGUCGCACAGUGCGGUCGUGGAGGUGCUCAAGCUCUGCGCCAAUGCUGGGCCGCUGGGCCGCAGCGAGGUCGAGGAGUGGAAGAGUGCCGUGCUCGGCCUCAGCUCCGCGUCGUCGUCGCCCGAGACGCUCGCGCCGCUCAUCAAGCCCAUGGCCGCCUUCUCCCUCAACCCCGUCACGACCAUGCCGCCGCUCAGCGUCGCGCCCGUCACGACCAUGGCGCCCGUCACGUCCGCCCCCGAGCCCAUCACGCCGCCCGAAGUCGCGCCAGUUGCGACAGUGCCGUCAGCGGGCGUACCAAAGGGCGCCAUGUCGCCGCUCGUCAUGGGUGGUGUCGCUGGCUUCUCGCCCGUGCGCCCACCAGCGCCGAUCCUGAAGCCUACGAUGUUGCCUCCGCUUCCGUCGCCCACAGUCCAGUCGUCGCCAGUACGCAGCGUGCACUUUGACCUCGAGGACGACCUCGAGCUCGACGAGCACCACCACCCCCGCGUACCCGCACACCUCUCGCACACGCCGCCGCCCUCGGCACGCCAAAGCGAGUUUGACCACUCACACCUGACGGGCGACUACUUCUCCUCCCGCUUCGAGAUGAGCAUGGACGACUACGGCUCCGAGCCCGCGAGCCAGAGCAUGUCGCCCGCCAUCCCCGUGCUCGAACUCGGGCCGCGCGCGACGCAGUCGAGUCUGGGCGGAUUCAUCCCGCUCUCGUGUGCCCCCGAGGUGGACCCGGGCAUGGCGCGCAAGUUGGCGCAGAAGGCACGCGAUCGCGAGCUCCGCGAGCGCGAGGAGAAAGAGGAGAAGGAACGUAUCGCCAAACUCGAGGUCGAGAGCAAGAAUCCGCGCGACGUCAUGGUCGACGCGCUCAUGGCUGCACACAUGAACCGCGCCCGCCACGCCGCCGGCAUCCCCCUCCUGCCCGUGCUGCCGACGCUCCCAGCGCCGCCUCUAGUCGCCCUGACGUCGGCGUCGCAGAUCCGCACCCUCUCCCCCGCCGACGCGGACGCGUGGGCACACUACUACCUCGGCGCAGAGUGUGAUCCGGCGCGGGCGCCCGAUGCCAUUCUGGCUGCGGUGGGUGUGCUCUAG